AUGCCCAAGCCUCUUAUAAAAAACAUGCGGAUGCAAAGCGCUCCCCGCAGCCUACAUUUACGAAUGAUACCCAAGAACUACCAGCAGUUCCUGGCCUUGGUAUUUGCAGUCACAGAGGUCAACAAGGACCUGGUUCUCCUCCCCAACAUCACGCUUGGCUUCCGCAUCUAUGACAAUAGCCAGAUUGACAGGAGGAUCUCCUUGAACAGCCUCUCUCUGCUCUCCAAUGAGGCCGAAUGGUUCCAGUGGAACUGGGUUGGGCUCAUGGCCCCUGAAGAUGACAGAGGAGCAGAUUUCAUCUCAUCCCUGAUGCCAAUGCUCAAGGAGAAGGAGCUCUGCCUGGCCUUCACUGAAAUUAUAGUCACACCCAACAACUACCAGCAGUUCCUGGCCUUGGUAUUUGCAGUUGCAGAGGUCAACAAGGACCUGGUUCUCCUGCCCAAUGUCACACUCGGCUUCCGCAUCUACGACAAUAGCCAGACUGAGAGGAGGAUCUCCUUGAACAGCAUCUCUCUGCUCUCCACACGAGGCCAAAUGGUUCCAGGUUAUCAAUGUGACAGGCAGGACACCCUGCUGUCUGUCAUCGGUGGCAGUGACUCCAAGUCUUCAAGGCAGAUGGCCCCCAUCUUCACCAUCUUCAAGGUCCCACAGCUUGGUGUUGGCUUUGAGUUCACUCAGGGAGACAGAACUGUUUAUCCUUCCUUCUUCCGGAUUAAUCCCAAGGAACUUCCUCAGUAUGUGGGUUUAGUCCAGCUGCUCCUGCACUUCCAGUGGAACUGGGUUGGGCUCCUGGCCCCCGAAGACGACAGAGGAGCAGGUUUCAUCUCCUCCCUGGUGCCAAUGCUCAAGGCGAAGGAGAUCUGCCUGGCCUUCAGUGAAAUUUGUCGUGUGAAAGCAGCCUCUGAGAAGAUUCUGGCCUAUUUGAAGAAUGUCCAGUUCAACAACAGUGCUGGAAAUGAAGUCUUCUUCUCAGAAAAUGGACUGGGAUUAGCUCGUUAUGAUCUUCUGAAUUGGGUUUUCCUCCCCAGUCAGACUUUUGUCCCAGUGGAAGUUGGCCAGAUAGAUCCUGGAGCUCCCCCAGGCCAGGAUUUCUCCAUUAACUCAGAUGCAGUCAUCUGGGCCACAAAGAAGGUGCCCUUUGCCAGGUGUGCCAUGAAGAGGUGCCACGCAGGGAAGAGGAGAAGCGUUCCAGAGGGCGAGCAGGUCUGCUGCUACCGAUGUGACCGUUGUCCAGAAGGGACCAUUUCUAAUCAGACAGAUGCAGAUCGCUGUGACCCCUGCCCAGAAGACCAGUACCCUAAGAAGGGCAAAGAUCACUGCAUGGCCAAGAAGAUCCACUUCCUUUCCUAUCAAGAGACCCUGGGAUACACUUUAGCUUCUCUCACUCUUUUUCUCUCCAUGAUCACAUCUGCAGUCCUGGUCAUAUUCCUUAAGCAUCGCAACACACCGAUCGUCAAGGCCAACAACAGAGAUCUCACCUAUAUCCUCCUGGUCUCCCUCCUGCUCUGCUUCCUCUGCUCCUUCCUCUUCAUUGGUCAACCUGGGAAGCUCACUUGUCUCCUCCAACAAACUGCUUUUGGCAUCAUCUUCUCCAUUGCCAUUUCAUCUGUGUUAGCAAAAACUGUCAUGGUAGUCCUGGCUUUCAUGGCCACCAAGCCAGGGAACAGGACAAGGAAAUUCUUAGGAAAGCCACUGACCAACUCCAUUGUCUUAGCCUGCCCCCUGGUCCAAGCAGUUCUUUGUGCCACCUGGCUCGUAACCUCUCCCCCGGUUCCCCACUUCAACUACCACUCCUUGGUAGGAGAGGCCAUCGUAGAAUGUAAGGAAGGCUCAGCUUCAAUGUUUUAUGCUGUCCUCGCCUACCUGGGUUUUCUGGCCCUCCUCAGUUUCACAGUAGCCUUUUUGGCUAGGAAAUUGCCCGACAGCUUUAACGAAGCCAAGUUCAUUACUUUUAGCAUGCUGGUCUUUUGCAGUGUUUGGAUCACCUUCGUCCCUAGCUAUCUCAGCACCAAAGGGAAAUCCAUGGUGGCUGUGGAGAUCUUCUCCAUCUUGGCCUCUGGAGCUGGUCUCUUGGCUUGUAUCUUUUCCCCCAAAUGCUACAUUAUCCUACUGAGGCCCGAUCUGAAUUGUAGAGAAAAUUUGAUAAGGAACAAGUAUGUGUGA